ACGGUUUGGGGUAGAGCAGGCGGAGCAAUGGGGGAGGGCGCGAAUGCGGAAGGCGGGCAGCUGGGGCUGCGCCUCGGAUGGAAGGAAGGAGGAGACAGAGACCGUCCCUGACCGCCUCAGCUGUAGAGGCGGCCGCGGUCUUGAAGGCUGGCUGCUGUAUUCCCGGGGGCAGGCUCAGGCAGACCGACCUCCUCCCCUUUCGUUAUCCUAAGAAGUGGGCUACUGUCCUUUACCUUCCUUGGCGAUCACCUGUCUCUUGGAAGACACUAGAUCUUGCCUUGGACCAGCCUGGGAGGCAAAAAGACGGGAAUUGCUCAUUCGUCUUUACCGAAUAGAGAACCAAUUCAUAUUAUAACGACGAUGAGGGGAUUCAGAGAAAGAGAGAGUGCAAUGCAUAUCCAAUCUUCUGAAUUGUUCAUCCUUGGGCUCUUGUGAGAUGAUCAGAUGCUUGGCUGAAGAAGUGCAAGCCAGUUUGCGGUCUGGAGUGGCCAUCAGCUCACUGGGCCAAUGUGUUGAGGAGCUUGUCCUCAACAGCUUAGAUGCUAAUGCAACAUGUGUGGCCAUUAGAGUGGAUCCGGAGACCUUUAAGGUCCAGGUGGUGGAUAAUGGAUCUGGAAUGGGAAAAGAGGACCUCAACAAAGUGGGGAAUAGGUACUUUACCAGUAAAUGUUGCUCAGUGGAAGACCUUGAAAAUCUAAAAUGUUAUGGUUUCCGUGGAGAGGCUUUGGCAAGCCUUGCAAGCAUGGCCAGUGUAUUGGAAAUAUCAUCCAAGACGAGUAAGAUAGCAAAAUCCUUUGUAAAGCUGUUUCACAAUGGAAAAGGAUUGGAAGUCUCAGAAACAGAAUUGAAUAGACCAAGUGCUGGAACAACAGUGACUGUGUACAAUGUAUUCCACCGGUUACCUGUGAGGAGAAAGUGCAUGGAUUCCAUUUUGGAAUUUGAGAGAGUGAGGCAUAAGGUUGAGGCUCUUUCACUUAUGCAUCCCUCUAUCUCCUUUUCUUUAAGGAAUGAUGCCUCCUGCUCAAUGGUGCUUCAGCUACCCAAGACAAAAGAUACAUGUUCCCGCUUUUCACAAAUUUAUGGUCUAGGUAAAUCACAGAAAUUACGAGAAAUAAAUUACAAGUCUGGAGGCUUUGAGAUCAGUGGUUUUAUCAGUUCUGAAGGGCAUUACAAUAAAAAUAUCCAGUUUUUGUUUGUGAAUAGUAGACUGGUAUUAAAAACAAGAUUACAUAAGCUCAUUGAUUUUUUAUUAAGAAAACAAAGUGUUAUGUGCAAGUCGAAAAGUGGGCCUGUGACUUCAAGUCCUGCUCGUCAUCGUUCUGGUCCAGAGCUCUAUGGGAUCUUUGUUAUCAAUGUGAAGUGUCAGCAUGAUGAAUAUGAUGUAUGUUUGGAGCCUGCAAAGACUUUAAUAGAGUUUCGCAACUGGGAUGCUCUCCUAGCUUGCAUUGAGGAAGGAGUAAAAGCUUUCUUAAAGCGAGAACAGUUAUUUAUUGAGCUGUGCAGUGAAGACAUUAAAGAACUGAAUGAAAACAAUGGCUUUUGUUUGGGUAAUGCUGUAGCUUUACAGCCUUCUCUUCCUGAGGAGAAAGGUAUGCAGGAAAAUUUUAAGAGAGCUUGUGAUAAUAUUGUGGAUUCUUAUGAAAUGUUUAACCUGCAAUCAAAAUCUGUUAGAAGGAAAAUAACUCUUGCAAAGACAUCAGAUCACUUAGGACCUACUAACAAUGUGGAAGGAGCAGAAAUUCACUCAGAUUUGACUGUUACUGAAUCUGUUAAUGACCUUAGUAGCAAUCAAAAAGAGUGUCUUCUGCCCAACAAAAAUGGCAGUACUCUUGAUUCUCCAAAACUGAGUGACCUACACCAACAACCUGAAAUGUUUGAUCAUCCACAGACUGAGGUAAUGAGUUCCAAGUGUCCAGCCGAUCCCUGUGGGCAGGACAAGUCUGUUAUAGAAAUGGACAAUCCUGCUGCAACUGCACUUUUCACUGAGAAGUAUGGCAAAGAUGCAAACAUUCAACAAGACAGAGCACUUCAGGAAAGUAGUCCCAACACUGUCACUCUUGGGGAUACUCUUGAACUUGUGAAAGAUAUUAAUGAAUGUAAAUAUGACUUCCUUUUGGGAAGGACUUUGGAAAAACAUAAGGGAAUGAAAGAGGGUAAGGAGCCAUUUAUAGGGUCAAAUACCAGCAGAGAAGUGGUGAUGGAACAAGAACCAUUGAAGUUGUGUUCCACAGGCCUUAUCACACACGUGAUGCAAAAUCAACCACUGCCUAAAACAACAGAAAUAAAUCAUUCGUCAGAUAGACAGUUUAUACUGGGUCCAGUUAGUGCCAAGGACAUAUUUGAAACCAAGUCAGGGCUUUCAGAACACACUCCAGAUACUCAAGAAUGUUUGAGGAUAACCAAUGCAAGAAUAUGCAUUGCAGAUGAAUGGAUGGAGACUCUGAAUGUGUCAGGUCAAAAGAAUGAGUCGUCUUCACUUCCUGCAGGUGGUAGUGUGAAUUUUGUUAUACCACAUGUCAAAGAACUGAUUUCUGCUGUUCCUUCGGGUUCUGUUCACAAUGCAGAUGGUGCUGCCUGGAGUAGGCAAAUGGCUGAGCUUCCAGCUAGGCCCAGAUACUGUGCCUCUACAAAAUUAAGCUUGCAUCCAAAGCUGGGGUCAUUGGAUAGAUUCAGGAGAUGUUAUGGGCAUACAAAGAGUACACAGUGUGAUGUGGAAAAGAGGAAUGAAGUUGGAGCCCCAGUCUGUGUUGAAUCUCUCACUGAUGGGGAAAAAGAUGUUCAGCACUCUAGUUUCUGUGAAACACUAACUCAAGAGUAUGUUCUGCCUAAUAAUAGUGACUGUGAUAACCUUCUUUCCUUAGAAAAGUCUCGGCUCUCCAUUGAAGAAAGUCCAUUAAGCAUAAAAGCUUUUAAUGUAAGAGAGAACCCUUUGUCACUGACAGAUUUUCAAGCAGGAAAGAAAGCUCUAUGCAGCACUAAAUUCAGAGGAACGCUUGCUUCUAAAGUAUCUAGAAUGAAGGAAAGCCUUAAAGAGGUUUUAAGUACAAAACCUCCAGGGCAACUUUCUGAACAAUCCCAAGCACAUUCAAACCAUGAAGAGGAGGACAGGCAGGAUCUUCCACAUCAAAAUAAUGUUUUGCAGAGUACUUGUCAGAUACUUCAGAGUUUCUCAAGGGAAGUAGGAACAGAGAGUUGCACCUCUGAUGAAUUGGGCAAUCCCUUGGUAAUCUCAAGCACAAUAACAGGGGGAGUGGAAAGUACGGUCAGUAUCAGCCAUUGUUUCAUGGACACCGAUGGGGAAUAUAUAGUCUCCCAAAAUAGAAGUUUGGCAUUGCCUAAUGAAGAAGGGUGUUCUGAAGGCUCCUGUAAAGAUACAGAUGUUAUGGAUCGAUCUUCAAAGCAAGCCUAUGAACUCCCAAGUGUGAGCUUGUCCAGUAAUAUGGAAGGUGCCACAGAUUCUGCACCUGGUGAUGAAGAAUUGUCAUGUCCUGAGUGGCUUCAUCAGUUUGAUGUUUCAUUGGGUAAGAUGGUGUAUAUCAACAAAAUGACUGGAUUGAGCACGUACAGCACUCCUCCUAGUGAAGAACCUCAGGCUGCGUGUAUUAAAGAUAUAAGUACAAUGGCUGUAAAUGUUGUUAUGGAAAGUGGGUUUCAGUGCAGAUGUCAUCCCUUUAGAAGUGAGCUUGUUGUGCCCUUCCUUCCAAGACUUCAGAAAGAAAGGAGUUUGGUAAGCCAAGAUUUAAGAGGUGCUCAAGGAGAAUCUCUCCAAUCCUUGUUUUCAGAGUGGGAGAAUCCUGUGUUUGCUCACUAUCCAGAGGUUGCUGUUGAUGUGAGCAGUGGGCAGGCUGAUAGCAUUUCUGUGAAAAUCCAUAACAUCCUGUACCCUUACCGGUUCACCAAGAAGAUGAUUGAUUCAGUGCAGGUCCUUGAUCAAGUGGACAAUAAAUUUAUUGCUUGUUUAAUCAACACUAGGGCAGAUGAAAAUAGAGAUAUGGAUGGAAACCUCCUUGUACUGGUGGAUCAGCAUGCAGCACAUGAACGUGUCCGCCUUGAGCAACUUAUCACAGAGUCCUAUGAGAAGCAGCCUGAUGCAUCAGGCAAGAAGAAAUUGUUGGCCUCCAUAGUGUGUCCCCCAAUGGAAAUUGAGAUAACAGAGGAGCAAAGGAGAUUCUUAUGGUGCUGCCACAAAAGCUUGGAGGACUUUGGUCUUGAAAUAUCCUUUCCAGAGAACAGUCCUUCUCAGAUUCUUGUUGAAAAAGUGCCACUGUGUUUUGUGGAGAGAGAGGCCAAUGAAUUGCGCCGUGGAAGGCAGACAGUGACUAAGAAUAUUGUGCAGGAGUUCAUUCGAGAGCAAGUUGAGUUACUGCAGACCACAGGAGGGGCACGAGGAACACUGCCACUAACCAUCCUGAAAGUGCUGGCUUCCCAGGCUUGCCAUGGUGCUAUUAAAUUUAAUGACAGUCUGACUUUGGAGGAGAGUUGUCGGCUUAUGGAAGCUUUGUCACUUUGUCAGUUACCCUUCCAGUGUGCUCAUGGGAGACCGUCCAUGCUGCCUCUCGCAGACGUGGAUCACUUGCAGCAGGAAGGUCAGCUUAAACCUAAUCUGGCUAAACUAAAGAGAAUGGCUAAAGCCUGGCAACUCUUUGGGAAAGAAAAGGACCCCACUGUGAAAGUGUGGACCAGAUCCCAGAACUUCAGCAAACAAUGAUGCUAUCGAAACCUGCAGCAUUUAUACCAAACAUCUCCAGCUGUUUCUGCUCUAGAAGACAGAUUCCUGUGGCUUUCAAUAGCUUUUGCCUGCUAUGAAGAUGAAUUCUGUACUCCUGGAGGAAAACUGAAUGACUCACCUUGCAUUAAGAACUGUGUAGCUAAGUGCAUUUUAAAAUAAACAUCCACACCCUUGUCUCA